CCAAGGAUAAACACGAGCGCCUCAAACUGUGAGCCUGAUUCGCGUCCGAGGCAUCGGAACGCGUCUAGUCCGACAGGCAAGGUUCUUUGCUUGCCAUACACAAUUCUCCUGGCUACCGUGACGGAGGAAGAGUGGGCGAAUGCAACUAUCGACUGGUGCUGCAACGUGCCAACACCUGGUGAUCGGCGUGGUAUCAGCGGCGAUAGCCUUCGUUGGCAGGUGCUCUGAGAAUGGCCUUGGGUUUGCCGUGGGUCAUUAUUAUGCACGAGUGAGCUUUAGGUGGUGUUCUGCGGCGUACGUAGACCCCGGACUGAAAUCAUGUACGUAUAUCGAGUGUGUGUUGUGGCGCAUUGAGACUCGGCUGCGUAGUCCAGGGGAAAGUGGUGACGAUACUCGGCAAUCCAAAGCCACCGGCCCGGCUCCCUCUCAAUUUCUUGUCAUGCAAACGUCCCUGGACUCCAUCGGACAGGUCUUUGCCUUCGUUCAGGCGGCUGGGCUACUCCAUCAACCUGAUCAACUGUUCGUGUUUCGACGAAGCCUUUGGUGGUUUGACUGCCCUUUCGUGGAAAGGUUCGUUUCUGGUACUCUUAAUCAGGUUACUGGUGGGCUCCUAUAUGCGCAUCUCAGACACAACGCGUUGGACUGGUUGGUAUGUCAGACGAUGGCCACGGCUAGACGCCAUCGUAGAUUUCUGCUUUGCGCCGGGCUGAACUUCCCGUGUCAACGUUAGACUACCACUUUCUCGCUGAACUCUCGAAGGAGACAAGAGCGCAGGGCCGGUUCCUUGGAUCC